GCCGCCAUGUUCCUGAAUAAGUGUGAGGGAGACCUGGGCGAGCUGCGGAAGCCGGGGGACAGCGAGGGCACCCCACCAGCCACCACUGAGGAGGAGCAGCCCAAGAAGAAGCACCGGAGGAACCGCACCACCUUCACCACCUACCAGCUGCACGAGCUGGAGCGCGCCUUCGAGAAGUCCCACUACCCCGAUGUCUACAGCCGCGAGGAGCUGGCCAUGAAGGUCAACUUGCCGGAGGUCCGCGUGCAGGUCUGGUUCCAGAACCGGCGAGCCAAGUGGAGGCGGCAGGAGAAGAUGGAGGCCAGCUCCAUGAAGCUCCAUGACACCCCCGUGCUCUCCUUCAACCGACCCCCCAUGACACCCAACGUGGGGCCCAUGAGCAACUCCCUCCCGCUUGA